GGAGAUACACUCCCAACAGCAGGUGGCGUACACCCAGUAAUGUAACCAAAAAACAUGAAACCGAUGAAAAUACCGUUAGCGUGUGUGUGCUAUCCGAAUGGGAUUUUUUGAUAGCUAGCAGUUUACAUGAAGCCUGUGCUUCUCUCUUAGUCUAUGAGAGUUUACGGGGGAUGCGAGUCGAUGCUCAUGUCAAGAUUAAUUUACUCAUUAAAACUCUAUCGCUGGAAUUGCGCCAACAAGCCUCUUGCCUCAGCUACUGUAGCCAGCCAACAAUCAAUCUUCACCCGAAGCAUGGAAGUCAGUGAGUCCUCUGCCAUACGUUUGGUAUACAGCAACCAGGAUUUUGUGGAUGAUGUUUGUCGGCCGAAUAUACUUGAUGACAAAAAGGCCAUCCCGUCGACUUUUGACACAAAGUUGAAAGCUGUCUGGACCGACAGAAUGCAAAAAGGGGUUUUUCGUUAUCAGUUAGGUGACUUGCAGACACGGAUUCUACCUGGCCCGUCUAGGUAUGUCUCCCAACUGAAUGUUAAACGAGGAAUAGAGAGAAGAAAGCCCGAGGAAAUAUUGAAUAUUAAGCAAAACUAUAACCCUAAGCAGUUCAACUUCAACAAAAUAAAACCAGAAGAAGUAAUAUUUGAGAUGACAAAAAAAGAAUCGCAUCACGACCACUUCAAUGAGAGUGAAUUGGGUAGAAUAAUGGUUAUCGUGAAUGUUAGCCCCUUGGAUUUUGGACAUUGCUUAUUAAUUCCUGAGCCCAGGAGCUGCUUUCCACAGGUUUUGACGCCUUUAGCCAUUCGGACUGGGAUUGAGGCCGUGCUUCUGAGCUCUGACCCCGGUUUUCGGGUCGGAUUCAACAGUCUCGGUGCAUUUGCUUCUGUCAACCAUCUACACCUCCACGGUUAUUACUUGGACCACGAGCUUCAAGUCGAAUGUGCCUCACUCCGGCCUUUAAUUCCUGAAAAGGGAUUAUAUUGUUUAGCACAUUUUCCAGUUGGAUUUUUAUUUUACACGGAAAUAGAUCACCUGGAUAAUGUUGUACGUGCUAUUAGUCGGGUCACUGACUACUUGUUGGAGGGGAACCAGGCUCACAAUUUGUUCUUCACCCGAGGAUGCCCACCGGGUGACACCCACGUGGGUUCAAGGCGCGGCGUGCGCAUUGUUGUGUGGCCCAGGAUAUCCUGCUUUGGUGCUAAAGAAGAAUCCGCCUUCAACGUGGCUCUUUGUGAGCUAGCAGGACAUUUGUCAUUUAAAAACCAACACGAUUAUGACAGUAGCACAGAAGACGACGUAAAGUCUAUCAUUCAGAAGUAUCUCCUUCCUCAAGAAGAAUUUCUUCAGUUGGAAAAACAACUAAUCGCCCAUUUGCGGAUGGACUUAUGCCCUUGAUUUAUGCAGUGUCUUGUAACAAUGUAAAGUCUGUAGAAGCCUAAUUUUAUCUAGGCCUAUAUCUACACAGAUGUGCCACUGUAUAGAUUAACUUUACACGGAUUGAAACGUAUUGAUUUGUGGAUAACUUAACUUUACAAAUAAAUAUGUUAUUUCAUAUUUAAUCACAGUACAUAUAGGUUAUUCAAAAUUGCCAUCCAAUAUAAUGCCAAUCCAGUACCAUUUAUUUCGUAUACAGAAUGCAAGAAAAGAACGUCCUAGGGAUGUGUCACCAAGGUAACGAUUGUUUAGUGGUAGCAUCUUCAAGAUGUCACACGGGCUGCAUAUCUGCAAGAGGGAGGCCAAACAAAUAACAUGCCAAUUGUGUUAGGGUAGGAACUGCGCGAUGAAAAUGAGUCUGUAAUGCACAACAUUUAAAUUUCAUGUAGGAAGUCCACAGAAAUUCAAAUGACUACGACUGAGAAAGACAGUGCCAAAGAGGUGAGCAAAAGUGGAUGUAAACAGUACGCCAAUGACGGUGCAAAAAGUAACGUAUUAGAGAGUGAAGAGCCCCCCCUAUCGGACUUCAAAAGGAAAAGGAGGUCAAGGUAUUAUUAGUACACUCCAGAUGUAUUCUCUAUAUUUCAUCGAUCAGAAAAUUGGGUCUAUCUGUUUCCUAAUUGUGGUUGUUAUAUUAUCAGGCCACCUGGAAUAAAUCUCAUAAACUGCAAAUAUGAGUGUGGUAAGAUUUUGCUUUAGGCUACUGUCACAGUUUGUGUUAUUUGUCAUUGGGUAUAUUAGAACAACAGUUGAUUUUAGUGCAUUAUCAUUAAUACACAUUCACAACACAAUGAGCAGGCGUGUCACUUGUGAUGUGUGUGUGACCAGUUAGGCGAGCAGCCCUGGAGGUUGGUCUACGAGAGGUUGGGGACAUGGAGGACUGGGUCAUCUACUGGAUUGACUGUUCUGUCUCUUUGGACCGUAUUAUGGACAUUAAGCGGUACCAGGUGGGGGCAGUCUUGACAAUGUUUUUUUUCCUCUUUUUUUUAACCCAUUAAAGGGAUUGGUGUUUGUCACAUAUGACAAUGCACAUUACGUCAAUGAAAUGGGGUGUCAUGGUUUUACAACUUCGUCACCACGCCCCUCCCAAACCAAAGAAUCAUGACUGGUUCCCAGGAGAGAGAGAGGAUAUAUUAGAAAUCCUAUGCCUAUAAUGACCCCCUCAAGCCUAUCUUACUUUAUUACUUUUGUCGAAUGACUUCAGAAAUAUAAGCAAUAAAAAGAAAGUGA